CCACCACCACCCGGGACUACAACCACCACCUCCAUCGUCGCCGUGGGGCUCGUGCCUAUACGCAAUUCUGCAGAUUUGACAAAGUCGUUUCAAGAACUCAGUCGUCGCUUGCCUGUCCUCGUAAAUUCGGGGUACCUAUUAGGAAGCUUCAGCUUUCUCGUUCGCGCCGGAUUCUCGCUUCCGGAUUAUCUCGAAAAUCUCGCUUCUCCUCUUUUCUCUCUUUUCUUCUUUUAAAAGUGUGUGACUUGUCUUCUUCUUUUCUUUUCUUUUCUCUUUCUUUCUUUCUCUCUCUUUCUCUCUCUCUCCUUUCGAUCAUCGACUCAAAAAUGCGUUAAAGCACGGCGGAAAUACAUUCAUGGAGGAGAUACACGGAGGCGAGAUGUCUUCCGUGACGCUCUCAUCCGUCUUGCUCCUUCUACUUUUCGGCCGCGCCGCGAAUGCUCAGAGAAGUUUAGAAUUUUUCGAUCUCCUGCCGGAAGAUCCUAAGUUGUAUGAUAAAAUGCGACCUCCCAAGAAAGAUGGUCAGGCAACUGUUGUAUAUUUUCACGUUACUGUGAUGGGACUCGAUUCCAUCGAUGAAAAUUCAAUGACGUAUGCCGCCGAUAUUUUUUUUGCCCAAACAUGGAAAGACAAUAGACUCCGACUGCCAGAAAAUAUGACAUCCGAGUAUAGAUUAUUAGAGGUCGAUUGGCUGAAAAACAUGUGGCGGCCGGAUUCCUUCUUUAAGAACGCAAAAUCGGUGACUUUUCAAACAAUGACGAUACCAAAUCAUUACCUGUGGCUGUAUAAAGAUAAAACUAUACUUUACAUGGUGAAGUUGACCUUAAAACUUUCUUGCGCCAUGAAUUUUCUGAUCUAUCCUCACGAUACACAAGAAUGUAAAUUGCAAAUGGAAAGUCUAUCACACACGACGGAUGAAAUGAUCUUUCAAUGGGAUCCUGAUGUUCCCCUUGUUGUGGAUGAGAAUAUCGAAUUACCCCAGUUACAGCUCGUUAAAAAUUACACAGCUGAUUGCACACAAGUCUAUUCCACUGGUAACUUCACUUGUCUCGAGGUUGUGUUUGUGCUGAAGCGACGUCUCGGCUAUUACUUGUUUCAUACCUACGUGCCAACGUGCUUGAUCGUCAUCAUGUCGUGGGUAUCAUUCUGGAUAAAGCCCGAGGCUGCACCCGCCAGGGUUACUCUGGGAGUCACCUCGCUGCUCACUCUGUCUACGCAGCACGCCAAAAGUCAAGCCUCGUUACCGCCCGUUUCGUACUUGAAGGCCGUCGACGCCUUCAUGUCGGUUUGCACGGUGUUCGUCUUUAUGGCACUGAUGGAGUAUUGUCUGGUGAACAUUGUCCUCGGCGACUCGGAUGCACCGGCAGCAAAACCCGCGCCACCGCCACAGCCGCCAUCCUCGAGCACCGCAGAUUCGGCUAAGCUCGACAAGAUCUUCGAUAUCGCUGCUAAGAAAUCACCAGCUGGCCCACCACCCGGACCCACUCCGGCCCAAAGGGCGCGAAUACGAGCGCUGAACAUUGACCGUUUCUCGCGCGUUUUCUUCCCCUUUCUGUUUACCUUGCUGAACGUCACCUAUUGGAUAAUAAAAUACGAAAAUAAAGAUGGAGGUGUUAUAGGAUCGGUGCAGAGAGGCGAUAUGUCGCCUAUGGAGGUGAUGACAGAGCGUCAUAAUCGGCUAGGGCCGACCAUUCCCAAAUCAAGAGGAUCUCACUUGAAGAGACCACAUCCCUGUGAGCAAAGCUCGUGUUAUCCCGCAACCGGAAACUUGCUGAUCGGUCGUAAGGAUAAAUUGAACGCCUCGUCGACAUGCGGCCUUGCGGGUCCUGAAAGAUUCUGCAUCGUUUCCCAUCUUAAGGAAAGAAAGAAAUGCUUCUUCUGCGACGCGUCGCUACCCAAGCAGCAACACAACAUCGGAAACAUUGUCAGCGGAUCGUGGUGGCAAGCCGAAAACGGUGUAGAAAAUGUCACGAUACGCUUCGACCUCGAGGCGGAGUUUCAUUUCACGCACAUCAUCAUUCGCUUCCAAACUUUCCGACCAGCUGCCAUGCUGAUCGAACGGUCGUACGAUUUUGGACAGACCUGGCAGGUAUACCGGUACUUCGCUCACAAUUGCGAGCAUUAUUUUCCCGGGAUUCCUACCCAUCAACCUCAAAGAUUAACGGACGUCAUUUGUGAGACAAGAUAUUCGGCUGUGGCACCAUCCACUGGCGGCGAUGUAAUUUUCAGAGUAUUGCCGCGAAAUUUGGACAUUGACAAUCCCUACUCGAAGGAAGUGCAAAAUCUCCUAAAGAUAACAAAUCUCAGGAUCAACAUGACGAGAUUACAUACACUGGGCGAUGAUUUGCUCGACGAUCGAGCCGAGAUUCGCGAGAAAUAUUAUUACGCCAUCCAAGACAUGGUAAUUCGUGGUUCCUGCUCCUGCUACGGACACGCUUCCCGAUGUUUGCCGUUGCCCGGAGUUGCCGACGAGGAGAACAUGGUCCACGGCAGAUGCGAAUGUACUCACAACACCAAGGGACUCAACUGCGAAAAUUGCGAGGACUUUUACAACGAUCUACCAUGGAAACCUGCGGUCGGCAAACAGACAAACGCCUGUAGGCCGUGUAAUUGCAACAAUCACACCACUUCGUGCCACUUUGACGAGGCGGUUUACGAGAGAUCGGGAAGAGUGUCCGGCGGAGUCUGCGACGAUUGCCAGCACAAUACGCGAGGCCAGAAUUGCGAACAGUGCAAACCAUUCUAUUAUCACGACAUGACGAAAGAUAUCUCUGACCCAGAGGCUUGUCAACCUUGCGACUGCGAUCUUGGUGGAUCCUUGGACGACGGAAUAUGCGACUCGAGAACGGAUCUUCUCAGUGGUGACGAAUCCGGACGCUGUCACUGUAAAGCAAACGUCGAAGGACGUCGUUGCGAUCAUUGCAAAAACGGUUUCUGGAACUUUGAUCCCGACAGUCCUGAGGGUUGUCAAGCCUGUACCUGCAACACCUUGGGUACCGUCGACAAUCAGGGCUGCAACGUGAUGACUGGCGAAUGUACGUGCAAGCGUUAUGUCACCGCGCGCGACUGUAACCAAUGUUUACCGGAAUACUGGGGAUUAUCCGAGGACCGCGACGGAUGCAAACCCUGCGAUUGUGACCCCGGCGGUUCCUACGAGAAUUCUUGCGACGUCAUUACCGGCCAGUGCAGAUGUAGACCGCACGUCAGCGGGAGAACCUGCAAUCAGCCGGAGCAAAGUUAUUACACUGGCUCGCUAGACUUUCUUAUUUAUGAGGGAGAAUUGUCCAGAGCUACCGAUAACUGCCAAGUAGUAAUCAGGGAACCUUAUCGUGACGGCAGGAAUAGCACGUGGACCGGCACGGGUUUCAUGAAAGCUCUCGAAGGGUCAGUAUUGAACUUCACUAUCGAUGACAUUCGCAGAUCCAUGUGGUACGACGUGAUCGUGCGAUACGAACCGAUACACCUGGGAGUUUGGGAGGACGUGCAAAUAAUUCUUGAGAGAGACAGUCCGCCGGAUCCUACUGGGCCGUGCGCCGAUUGGAGACCCGACCAAGAUCGUUUGUGGACUCAAUUGCCCCUACAUUCGAGAAGCGCCAUGGCACAGCCGGCCGUAUGUCUGGAAGCGGGGAAACGAUAUAAUCUGUUGUUGCAAUUCCGUAAAUUCACUAGUCACGUAACACAGGAUACUCCUUCGGCCUCUAUCUUGGUCGAUUCGAUUGUUCUGAAACCGAGAAUAGAGGUAAUACCUUUCUUCAAGAUACCGGGUCUGGGUGAAUUGCGCCGUCAAGAAUAUGAACGAUAUCAUUGCAACGAAUUCUUUAACGAUGUCAACAACGUAUGGAAUAACGUACCCGACAUCUGCAAAAAGUAUCAGAAUAGCAUCGGCUAUUACGUUUUCGAUGGUGCUCAUUCUUGCGAGUGUAACCCGACGGGCUCCCGCAGUCUUCUAUGCGAGAACUAUGGCGGAAUGUGUCCGUGCAAGUCUAACGUGGUCGGCAGACGUUGCGACCGCUGCGCACCGGGAACGUACGGAUUCGGGCCCGAGGGCUGCAUCCCUUGCGACUGCGACGGCGUCGGUGCCCUCGAUAAUUUCUGCGACGUCGAGACCGGUCGCUGCAAGUGCCGUCCCAACACCUACGGUAGAACCUGCGGCCAGUGCGAGCCCGGCUUCUGGAACUUCCCGCACUGCCAGCGCUGCGAGUGCAAUGGACACGCGGAUAGCUGCGAUUCCAAGACUGGAGCUUGCAUCAAUUGCCGAGACUCCACCACCGGACACAAUUGCGACCGUUGCGUCGACGAUUUCUACGGCGAUCCGCGGAUCGGCGUAGAUAUACCUUGCAGAGCGUGUCCCUGCCCAGGUACUCGCGAAUCCGGUCAUUCCUACGCCAACAGCUGUUCAUUAGACUCUGUAACGCAGGACGUGGUAUGCGAAUGUUUCGAGGGGUACUCCGGUCCUCGAUGCGAGCAUUGCGCUGAAAAUUACUACGGGAAUCCGGAAAUACCCGGCGGUAACUGCGAGCUGUGUAACUGCAAUAAUAACACUGAUUUACGUCGAGCUGGUAACUGCGAUCCGUAUACCGGUCAUUGCCUUCAAUGUCUCUUCUACACCGAUGGUUCCAACUGUGAAAUUUGCAAACCCGGGUUCUACGGAGACGCCCUUCAACAGAAUUGUCAAGAUUGUAGAUGCAACGUGCUGGGCACCGACAAAACCGCGGGACCGUGUAUUCAUCGUACCGGACAGUGUCCGUGUUUACCACACGUCAUAGGACAGCUUUGCGAUUCCUGCGAAGAGAAUCACUGGAGGAUAGCCAGCGGACAAGGCUGUGAUCCUUGCGAGUGCGAUGCAGUUGGAAGUAUUUCAGACAGAUGCAACCCCUUCGACGGAACUUGCGAGUGUAGGCCAGGAUUCGGCGGCAGACGAUGCAAUGAAUGUCAGACAAAUUUCUGGGGCAAUCCGAACGUGGAGUGUUAUCCAUGCGAAUGCGACGUGAUCGGUUCCGCUAGCCAGCAGUGCGACAGAGAGACCGGACUGUGCGUUUGUCACAAGGGGAUCGGUGGCGAAAAGUGCGAUCAAUGCGAUCGCGGUUACCACGGCGAGGCACCGCAGUGCAGUCCAUGUGGCGAAUGUUUCGACAAUUGGGAUCUGAUACUAGACGGUCUCAGGAAUAAGACAAACGCCGUUAUCCAGGAGGCUUCAAGGAUACAAAAAGUUGGCACAACCGGCGUUUACAGUCAGGAGUUUGACGACAUGGAGGAGUCCUUGAAUGAGGUCCAGGAUUUGAUCGGCAACACCACCAUCAGAAGCCAAGACUUGGACGUGUUAGACGAUUUAGCCGUUGAGUUAGCAAAAAACAUCUCCGAUUCGGCAAAGCAAUUGGAGGAAGCAAACAAUCUCUUGGAGAAUCUCAGUCAGCGUGUCAAUCUCGGCGACGUCGCGCUGAAGAAGUUGCGAAACAGAACCAAUAGCCUGCACGAAGUCGCCGCCGAUCUGCGAGAGAACGCCACCAGGUUGCAGGAAGAAAAUGUGCAGGGUGCUCUGAACGUGACUCAACAAAUGGCCGAGCAGUCCAGGCAGGCCGAAAAAAUGGCAAACGAUACCAGCAGUGUUCUGGCCGACGCGGAACGUUUCCGCAAACAUACCGAGAAUCUUUUGGCGAAGAAUCGCGUUUCCGUAGACGAAGCGCAAGAGAGAAACAAGGAGUCGUUGACGAAGCUGAACGAAAAACUGAAAACGUUUAGUAUAAAUAUACCUGAAUUAAAUCUGCAGAUGUGCGGCAGCAAUGUGACGGAUUGCAGUAUCGUCUGCGGCGGUGCAGGUUGCGGCUUCUGCGGAGGUUUGUCUUGCGACGUCGGCGCAGUUAGCAAAGCCAACCAGGCUCUGGAUGUCGCCAAGCAGCAGGCUGCUAAGAUCAAGAGUCACAAGGAGGAAGCCGAGCAGCUGCUGCGUAAUAUGAGUCAGAUCAAGCAAGACUCGACAGCGGCGAGAUCCAACGCUCAAGACGCCUUCAACUACGCGUGGGACGCGCGCAAUCGCUCUGACAAGAUCACCAAGGAUCUGUCCGACAUAACAAAGCGAAUCCGGAGCACUCUGGACGAAGAUCAGCCCACGCCGGCCAUGGUCAGAGAUCUCGCGCAGGAGGUUCUGGCAAAGAACAUUCAACUGGAGCCGGACGAGAUUACGCGGUUAGCCGAUCGCAUCAAAAGUAUCGUCGGUUCGCUCACUGACUCCGAGAAGAUACUCACCGAUACCAAAGACGACCUUCGACUGGCUCACGAUCUCGAGGAACGCGCUAAACGCGCCAAGGAGACGGCUCUCGAGAAGCAGGUUUUAGCGAACAAGGUGAAUGUAUUGUUGAACGAUGCGCAAAAGGCUCAACAUCUCGCGCAAAACGCUAUCGACAAGGCGGAAGCUGACGUGUCCAAGUCUCAGAAGGAUUUGGCGGACAUCGCCGAUGUGACGAAGGCCGCUCAGAUCCAAGCAAAUAGCACCACUCAAUCGGUGGAAGCACUGGACGGUCGUCUGAAGCAACUGCAGACGCAAUCCGCGAAAAACGCCUUCGUCCUGGCGGAGAUCGGCGUGGAAGCGAAAAAAGUUGCUAACGAGGCGCAAGUGAUCGACGGCAAGACGAAGAAACUGUCGGAGGAGUACAAGCGGGCGGAUGAGUCGCUGAAUCAGCGGAUGAACAAAAGCAAGGGUGACAUAUUGCGGGCGAAGAGGCUCUUGCAGCGAGCCUCCGAGCUGACGGCGGACACGUCGACCAAGUCCAAGGACUUGGAUGGCAUGGAAAGCGUUUACAAGGACAACGAACGAGUGCUGACUGAUCUGAUGAGCGACAUCGACGCGCUAACGAUGGAAAUGGAAAGACACCUGGCGGAGAUCGAGCAAAAGUCACAAUUGUAUAGACAGUGUUCCGCUUAAAACUGGCUGCAAUUAGUAACGGCAGUCAUUAGUAUCUCUCGAAAGAAUCUCGUCUGUAAAGUAUACGAUACGUAUGAUAACAACGCGGAUAUAUUUUUUUUCUCUCUGUUAUUAUAUUUAACACACAAACUUCGGCGAUAUAAAAUCGCUCGCUUUACAGACGAGAUCUCUUCCAAUGCACAUCUUAUACUGAGAAAUUUUAUUCUUCAUAAGACCGGUGCUUUAUACUUGUGCAAUAGCUGUGGUUUUUACUCUGAUUUAUAGAAAACGGAUGUGCGUAUUGCAUGUACGUGUAUAUUGUAUAUUGUAUUAUGCAAUCGCAAGUUAUAUUCUGCAUAGAAUUGCAAGAGGUAAAGAGAUUAUUAGUGCCAUAAAUGUAAAUGGAGGAGCCAUUAGUAGUUGUAAAGAAGACGAUCGUACGUGUAUCGGUUACAACAUGUUUCGUUUCAAGCGAGAUCGUCAGCAAAACGCCACUUUCUCUAUUUUCUUUAGCUUCGCUAAAUUUUCUAAUCCCUCUUUUGCAAUCUUUACAUCUCGUAACAACAGUUUUUUACCUUUAUACACACACAUUCUAUAUCCAUUGAUAUAUGUAUACGUUAUUUUAUUAUACUUGGUACUUAAACAAAAAUAAACUGCAGCGAAGUAUUCCAUAGAUGAUACAGUAAAAGUAAGAGUGUCACGUAAUGUAAAUAACUAAAAUAAAUAUAACGCAGGAUUAAGAGAUAAUUAAUAUAAAUAUUCUGCGACACGAUUAUACUCUAUCGAAGACUUCUGCAAAAUAUUCAAUAUAUCGCAUACACAUAUAUUUCACUACAUAUUUCAUCUUUGAACGAACAAAAUGUAAGGUGGCCUUAUCGCAGCGCCUGUAAAUAAUUACAGAUCGCUCUAACAUGUAAAUAUCUAAAGUUACAUUCGUUAAAAUUCACACGACAUUCUCUUUUCUUCUUUAUUUCUUUUUUUUAAAUUUAGCAUUUUUCUCUUGCGAUUUUAACCUCAAUUCUUUAAUUAUAAGAAUGACAGAAAGCCCCGUAAGAUGUAAUAUACCAAGGAAGACUGACGAAAUUCGUGUAAUUAUUCUGGCGAUAUGAAAGCGGAAAAAAAUAAGAUUCGUUAUUUGUCAUCAUUGCACGCGAUUGAGCCUCAUACAUUAUAUCGAAUAUCGUCGAAAAUGUUCUCUUAAAUGAGCGAAACGAUGCUAUGAUUAAACCAAAAAGAAUUCAAGAAUGAUAUUUAAUGGCAUAUUACGCAUAAUUAUAUUAAUAUUUUACUAUACUGUAAUAUUAAUUGAAAUAAAUGAGAGUUGUGCCAAAAGAAAGAAAGAAGCGAUUACAAUCUCGGCAAAUCCAUAGAUUAAUUCUUUAAUUAUGUAUUAUCAUAUUUUAAUUAUCAUAUUUUAUUGUAUUUUAAUAUGAAGUUUCUCCAUUGCUAUUAUACAUUAAAGAUCUGCAAUUUACGAUAAUUUACUUAUCUUCGUCCUUACGACUUAUUGUGGUAUCGUGUAAGGAAAUUGUCGAAAAUGUCACAACAUUAAUGAUAAAAUAUAUUUCCUGUUAUAUACUACAUAUAUGUCUCGUUAAAUAUAAUGCAAGUACUCUAA